GAACCAGUACUUCCUGCUUAAAGAAGGAAGAACAAGACAUUUCGUUUGAUAAGUAAAAAGUUAUUCGCCUGACCGACCACAACACCUCGAGCUGACAGAAGUGAACACGGAGGCAGAAUGUCGUUGAUGGAACAUGUCGUAGUCCGGCCAAUUACUGCCGUGGCGUGGACCUCCAACAGCAGCACCUGCCCCAAAGACUUCAGCCUGAUCAGCAUCACAGAAGACGGAGCAACAGCGAACUUUACACGCAGCUUUGGGAUGAAGUCUGGAUAUUACCUCUGUUACAACAAGGACGUGUCUGGUGGUAUGGUAGUGACAGACAUUCAGCUCUUGACAGACAAGGACUCUAUUCCUCAUGGUUACUGCUAUAUAUCAGAGCAUCUUGAACCAAAGGCCUCUGUUUCAAAGAAGAAACGCGUGUGUGUACGCGUCGCCCCAGUGGGCAGUGUGGACACAGCUGUGUUGGAUAUCAAACUGACAGCCAAAAGCAAAAUGAUGUUGCAGCACUACACAUAUGUGGGAGACGUCCAUGGCUUUGUGCUGUGGUGCAGAAAGGGACAUUUUUCCAACCCCAUGCCCAUGGCCAAGCCCCGCAGUGUGAGCCUGGACCUCCGCAAACUCUCAUUGGAGCAGCCGUCAGGUCCUCUGCCUCUCAGACCCAGCAACCCUCCUCCUCCUUUACAACAUAGCAAGCUCAGUCAGAGACGCAGCAGCCUCCACAGCAAGGACAACCUGGACAAACCUGCUGACAGCAGUAUGCAGGGAAUCACAGCUCUAGAUGGAGUUCCCUUCAGCCUUCACCCAAAGUUUGAUGCCCAGGCAAACGGCGCGGCUCCUCAGCUGAACUCUCAGUUAAGCAAUAUUCGAAUCAAGUCUCUCCAGGACAUUGAAAAUGAGUAUAACUACCCUUUCAUUGUAGAGGAAUCUGCUGCCAAGAGGACCAGGCCAACAAUGACAACAGGAGCUGCUUCGUCAGCUCAGUAAUCUUUGCACUUUGCCAGAACAAACGUAUCAGACCUCAGUUUUUUCAUUCUGUCCCAAGAAGGCGUUUAGAACGACAUCUCACAUGAUGGUACAGAUGAAGGAUGAUCAUACCUGCAUGUAGGUUUAUAAUAUGAAGCUCCAGGUGGAAAGGUUUUAUAAUAACAUGGUCACUGAAAAGCUCAUCCUCGAAGCGCUCCCCCUCUAUAUGAGACUGAUAAUCAUGCCUCAGAGCUGGAUGUCAUGUUACACUUUUUUUUUUUUCAAUCCUAUUUCUCUAUUAAUCUUAUUUGCAUUUAAAAUUAUGAUCUUAAAGCAUUCCACAUUUCUAUUUGCCAAAGUAAAGGUCGGUUUAAGUGGGAUCAUAUAUGUAAUUAUGUUUUUUUCACAUGUCUUUUAUAUGGCUCACCUUUUGUGAGAAUAAAGGCAUAACAGGGUUAAAGAUACAUUGAAUCUUUAGAGAGUCUGCUGUUUUAGGGACUGCUCAUCUGCAGCAUUAAUCCCAUCAUUUUUUAUUUUGUGCGCUUAAUUUCAAAUUGUAGACGAAUUAUGUGUUAAACAAUGCUUUGAUAUAUCAUGAAGAUGCACUUGCAGUUGAACGUUGCCUGCUACUUGCUCUGUAUGGUGUUUGUAUGUCAUCUAAUAUUGAGUGCUAAGCAUCUUGAAUUGUUUGGAUCAUUGAGAAGUUGUAAGCUGAACUCAGUACAUACAAUCAUAUAUCUAAAUGUAGGAUAUAGUUUAGGUCAUGUAUUAAGAGUAGCCCAUUAUCAGGUUGGUAUUUUUCCAAAAGAUAAUAUAUCCUAUUUUAAGGUCAAUGGAGGAAGGUUGUAUAUUUUGCUCUGUUUGUUACUCAAAGAAAGAUUAGUUAUGUGGGAAUAAGAAUCUUUUUUUUUAACUGCCUGGUGUUGUAAGGACCAAAUAUUUAUCUAUGUCAUUGUACAAUAUAUAAAGAUAUGUUUUGCUUUUGUUGCUUUUAUGGUCUGUAUUAAACUAUUACUGCAUGGAAAAAACCCAAACAACUUAAGGAAACACUACGUUGUUUUUAGAUAUUGGACUAUAUUAAAGAAUAAACUAUCCUAU